UUGCUGACCUGUCUUAUUUCAUUAGGAAGUGAGAGAAAGAUGUGAGUCACAUAAAGGAUGGAUAGUCUGUUUACAUGGUCGAUGUUUCUUGUUCUGGGGAUUUUACUGCAAUUAUCAACGUUUCAUAAUGUGAAUGGUGCAUAUAAAGAUGAUGCAGUACAAUCACAGACAGACAAACAGACAGUUGUUGAAGAAAAGUAUGAGGUGACAUCAGCAUCAUUUUACCAUGGCCGCCAGAAAAGGGACACAACUCUGAACAAGGGCCGUCACCUAGAUGAUGUAACACUAGUGUUCAAGACACACCAGAGAAAUUUUAUCCUCGAUUUAUCAUUAAAUAAGCACUUGUUUUCCAAGGCGUACAUAGAAAAAACAGUAAAACAUAGUGGCAACCAUGUAUACAAACCAGAAAACCAUAUAUCCAACCAUUGUUUUUACCAUGGUGGCCUACGAGAUAUUCCCGAUUCUAUGGCAGCUCUCAGCACAUGUGGAGGAAUAAGUGGGUUUGUAACUGUAGGCCGUGAGACAUACCACGUAGAACCUGAGGAUAAGGCUGUACCAGGCUCCAUCAGGGUCUACAAGGAGAUCGUACAGGGCUCAGAACCGGGAGCCCACAGUCAAUGUGAAUCUGACGACAAACAGUCUGUGUUCUUUGUCAAUGGCACUGUCAAUAAUCUGCAUAGGAAGGAAUUUUCCGAAAGGGUGAGAAGGAGCAUCAGGGGGCCCUACGACGGCAAUGAGAACGCCAGAUUUGUGGAACUCUUUAUUGUGAAUGACCAUCGCACGUUUGAACGACAGGGACGUAAUGAACAGACGCUGAUCCGAAGGUCUCAGGACAUCGCUAACAUUGUUAGCCGGCUUUACCGCCCACUCAACAUCUAUAUCGCCCUGGUGGGGGUGGAAAUAUGGUCAGACUCCGACCAGGUUGAAAUCUCUCCAUAUGCCAACUCUUCGCUUGAGAAAUUCCUGUUGUAUCGCAAACAGCGCAUCAAUCCCUACCACCAGAAUGACAACGCCCAGCUUAUCACGGGUCAGACAUUCAAUGACGGUGUCGUGGGAAAGGCAAUUAAAUCAUCCAUAUGUACCCACCAAUACUCCGGGGGUGUAGACAUGGACCGUACAAGGAUAACACAUGUAGCUACUACUGUUGCCCAUGAACUCGGACACAACUUUGGGAUGGAUCACGACAACUACUCUGUUUGUCGCUGUAAACAGGAGAAGUGUAUAAUGGCACCCACUAGUGGAGGGUCUCCGAGCCCAUCCCAGUGGUCUACAUGUUCUCGGGUGGCAGUUAUUGAGGCCUUCGACCUUGGAAUGGACUACUGUCUAAAGAACAUGCCUGAAAAUCUGUAUGAGGGACCGGUGUGUGGGAACACAUUUGUGGAGGAAGGGGAGGAAUGUGACUGUGGUUUGACGGAGGACUGUACAAGUAAAUGCUGUAAUGCUACGACAUGUCGACUGAAACCAGGGGCGGAGUGUGCCACAGGAAGCUGUUGUAACCAGGACACUUGCAAGCCGAAACCCGCAGCCACGUUGUGUAGGGCCGCCAUGGAGGAAUGUGAUCUCGCUGAAUUCUGUAAUGGUGAAUCUGAGUACUGCCCUAGUGAUGUCUAUCUCCAAAAUGGUCUCCCUUGUAAAGACAAACGAUCAUAUUGCUACCAAGGCCACUGUAAGACUCAUACGGACCAGUGCCGCAUGUUGUGGGGGUCGACUGGCCGUGUGUCCGACCCCAUCUGUUUCCAACAUCUCAACACUAAUGGCAGCAAACAUGGAAACUGUGGCUACGAUUGGAAGAGGGAGCAGUACAUACGAUGUGAUAAGGAUGAUGUGAUGUGUGGAUUACUACACUGUGUCCAUCUGAAUGAAAAGCUAAUGUUCUGGCGUGAGAGUUUGGCUAAGGCUACACCAGCUACCUUCCUCACCAAGGGCAGAGAACGAUAUGUGUGCCGGUCAGUCAUACUGGACGUCGGGCUGGACAUGCCGGAUCCUGGGAUGGCACCAGAUGGCGCCAAGUGUGGUGACAAAAAAAUUUGUCUUUCUAACAAGUGUACUCCACUCAGCCGGCUAAGGAUUUCACCGUGUCCAAACUGUCAUGGCAAUGGGGUAUGUAACAGUAUGGGGCAGUGUCAUUGUAACGAGGGAUUUGGACCGCCCUACUGUAACGGGCCAGGACAUGGGGGCAGCACCCACAGUGGACCAAUGAAAACCCUAGAGGACAACAGUCUGUUGAUCGGGAUGUUGGUGUUCUUUGCUGUCUUUGUCAUCCAUUGUCUCCUCUGCCUGUUCGCCUACUACCACCGAGAGAAGCUGACAAAAUGGUGGAAUCAGCGAGCGUCUGCUCUCAAGUACAGUGUACCAUCAUUGCCCACUAUCAAACUGGCCUCUAGGAACAAAAGACAACCUCCCCCUCCGCCACGUCCUGGGACAGGAGGAGGAGGCGGGACAAGGGAGCCGAAACAGACAAGUGCCAUGAUGAGAAAUGGAAAUGUGUCUGUGGAGAUUUCCUCGCCAGUGUUACAGGAUAGCACACCAAACCAAUCACAAUCCUCUUCUCACACACUGAAAAUUGGCAAAAAGCCUCAACCCCUUCCCACCAGACAAGUGCAUGCUCCUAACACACAGGAGCCAACACAAAGUGAUAAACCGAAGUCAUCUUUUUCUAAAAUGAUUAACAGAUCAGCUGACUCUUCAUUCCAGUCAUUUUCAAAGUUACUGAACCGUUCUAAAGAUAAACCACCACCAGCAGAACCAUCACCAAAACCACCACUGAAAAAUGUCACAUCCAAUCCCAUGUUCCAGCCAACAGACCCUAUUGUGAAGAAGGAUUCUUUUAAUCGUGACCGUGAAAUUUCAAAGCCUGUUUUGAUAAGCACAACAGAUAGAAGAUCUAAAGCCUUUGUGAUUGACCACGGUUCUGACAAUUUGGAAGAAGAUCAUGGAUUUUCAUUUGCGGAUUCAUCAAUUUCACCACCACCGCCACCUGCCCCCCGGCAGGCUGCCCCGCGUAGGAAUAGAGCGGGACGUGCUCCACCUCGCCCCACCUCUCUCCCACCGCAACCACUCAAGGAGAAGCUUCGUAAAGAGGAAGAGAAACAUCUUGCCAGAAAAUCUGUAGUUGACCCAGGAGCGAAGUCACCUCCCCGACCGCCACCCCCUAAUGUGACUAACCAAUCACAGCCAUUCUCACAACAACAGGAAAUGCAAAUUCAGCCAGUAAAUUUUGGUAAUCAAAGUCGUCGGUUGAAUCUGAAUCCGAACUUGCACAGCAGCAGAAAUGCCAGUAGUUUUGAUGAACCCAACCCAGCUCCAACACCGCGAGUUUUUACAGAUAAAAGUCGGUUCAAGAAUGACUCCAAGCCCAAUGGACAAUCAUCAUCCAGUAAAACAAAUUCUGUGACAGUUAAAAAACCCGAAAAACAUUCAGCUGCAGAAACAAAAGCCAAUGGUAGAGUUCCUUUAUCUACAAACGCUACAAAGACUUCGUUUGAUCUUAAAGGCAAAAAUGUAUCGUCAAGUAACAACAAUAACAAUAACCUGUCAGCUGACACGAGGUCAAAUUGGAGGUCAGACGUGACGUCACAUAAAAACAAUAUACCAGAGCCUGCAACACGAGGCUCCCGUCAUAUACCUGAUAAUAGAUCAGGUAAGAAGUCACAUGACACCAAACCACGGCAAACAGGCGAGGUGUCCAAACCACGGCAAACAGGCGAGGUGUCAAAACAACGGCAGACAGGCGAGGUGUCAAAAGCAAGGAAGCCUUUGCCAAAAACACCUACACAAUUUCAAAACCGUAUACGCGAGACUGAUAUAAUUGAUGACAAUGCCAAUCCUGACGAGGGUUCAGGAUGUGUGGCUGAAAUUAAGGCGAUGUUCGAUGACAUGGACAUCGGGAGAAGUCUGUCUGAUAGCCCAGAAAAGGAGUCGACGCCUUCUCCUCCAGUGUUAUCUAAGGUGAACAGAAACAAUUCUGGGUUAACAGACCGACCCAAACCGCCACCUAAACCAGGUCAAGGUUCAGCCAAGGUCAAACCAGGUCAAGGUUUGGCCAAGGUCAAACCAGGUUCAAAGGUCAGAAGUGUAAAUGUUUAAUAUUUUGUGACAAUUUGAAGGAAAACUGCUUUGAGUGAUGGAAGAUAUCGCUUCUGUUUUUCAGUGAUGAUUAAAUGUCCUUAACCUUUUUUUGUGCACUUGUUGCUGUUUCUCUUAAGUCACUAUAAAAUUGUCAGUUCUGACUGAUUGAAUUAGUUACUAUAUUAAUUUGAUUUGCUCUCAUAUUCAUCCACUGUGUAUCUGUAUAGUAUACUGAAGGAGAUGUUUCUGGUGUUGACAUUUGGUGUGAAUGAUAUCAUCGUACAGUAACAUCUUUUUACUUUUAAAAAUCUUAUCACAUAAAAACAAUUCUUUAAAAUGAAAUAUAUAUUUGUGAUGAUGAAUGUAUGGUAAUUACCCAAUAUACUGCCAUUUAUGAUAAGUCAUUUAAAAUUAAAAAAUAUUGUUUGCGAUGAUGAACACAAAAUUUCAGACUUAGGAGCCAUCAUGUUCAUACAUUGUAUUUGGUAAUUACAUCAUACAAUAGUAAUUUGAUUUAGAGUCAAGGAAAAUCAGUUUUGAAAUUAUUUUGAAGCUUGAGAUUAUUUUUUUCUCCAAUAUCUGUUUUUCUUGUUAUGUGAAAAUAAAUAUCUGUUAGAAACAGAAAUGUAUGGGGGAAUGAGAGUGUAAAACUGGUUUACAGAAAGGCUGCUUAUUUUAAUAGAAAUGGUUUAUAUAUGUCUUGUUUCAUUACUGGUAUACCAUUGCAUUUUUUCGUCUGACAAAGGUUGCCGAAAACCAUAUUAAUUGGCGAGUGAAUUGUACUUACAAAGCUGUAGAAUUAGUGAAACAUGUAAGGAUAAUUCAGGUUCAUCGAAUGUUAGUAUUAAAGCUAUAUAUUACCUGGUAAAACUUGAUUGUAAUAUAAAUACUGUUAUAAACUACAUGACUGUAAAACUUGAUUGUAAUAUAAAUACUGUUAUAAACUACAUGACUGUACGUUAUGUUAUAGAUCAUACUCAGAGAUUCUUAAAAUUAUAGAAAAUUUCAUAUAAACUUUAGAUGAUGGCCUGUAAUUGAGGGAGGUUGUGUUACCAUUAUCGAUAGCUAAUAUUCUAGUACAUAACUCUUAUCAAAGUAUGCGCAAAGGUUGGGUUGUUAAAGAAUCGUUGACUUGACUGAAAUAACCUGAGGUCACUUAAUUUCAUGUAGGCAAUUGAUUAUGUGCAGGCUUUUCUGUAAAUUGAUUUUCCUGAAAUUUUACCUGCUUAUGAUAGUUUAAUUAUGAUUUUUAUGACAUUUCAGUUCUUGAACUUUUUGGGGUGCUUUUGAUAAAUUAGAAAAUGGCAAGUGUAUAAUUUCCGAUACUCAAAUAGAACUUGCUGCAAUGGCAGCAUGCAGAAUUUUACUUCUGUUUUGUGCACAUGGGUUUUCAUACGUUAGAUGCCAUGGAUUAAAACAAUUUCCAACAAAAGUGCAUUUUAGGGUUGUCCGACGUAGUUAUUCAUAUGACAAACCCGAUGUAGGUAAAACAACCACUUCCUGUCCAGAACUAUUUACAAAUUUACUGAUGUUUACUAAUAAAGCCUUGGUGACUUUUAUCAAUCGGCCAGUACGACUAAUGAACAUAAUGUAAAUAUUACCUUAGGUAUUAGAACAUAUAUAUAUACACAUUGUAGUUAUAGAUUUACUAACUAACAUUCCCAGUGUCAUUCAGCUUAAAUCUUUAUCUAGUCUACGUGUGAUAACAAAAUUAGAAGCUAGAAUUAAAAUGUCUAAAUACAUGAAACCAAAUUAGGAAAAAUUAGGACAUAUAUGUAUUGUAGGCUUUGGGUUUUUUGUACACUCUACUGAAAUUGAUAGGAAUUGUUUGCAAACUUUGAAUGUACCUCAAUGCAAAUAGUGGAGGUAUAAGACUCUCACAAGCAAGAGAAAGGCAUGAUAAUAUAGGUAAAAUUGUAAUGUUUUACUUCUGUAGAUUGAAAGACUCUUUCAUUAUUUUAGACAUUUUCUUACAGUAAGAAGGAUGUUCCCACUUUUUCAGCCCAAAAUCUUGAUAUGUAACAUCUUUCAAGUAUCUAUAUUUUAAAUACAGAAAGUAGAUUUUAUAUCAGUAUAAAAAUGUAUAUGAGAACAUCAUAAUAACAUUUGACUUGUAUACUAGAUUAUAUUUAAUAAUAUUAUCAUAUAAAAAAAUCAUUACCCGUCAACUGUCACUUUUCUUGAUUAACGAUAAUGAGUUGAUUGAAUGAUAUCAUACACGAGAUGUCCUUAAGAAUAUAUUACAUAGAAAACAAGUUAUUCUAAACAAGGAAGUUGGCUAACAAAGUACAUAUCCUUGUAUAAUGCAGAAGGUAGCAUAUGUCCUUAAAUUUGUUGACAACAAUUUUUGUCUAUUGUCAAAUUUUCUUGAUAUGCCAUGAAUGAGCAUUUGCAUUCAACCAUUGAUUAUAAAUGUUGGCCUGUAGACCUCUCUACUUAUGUACCUAUUUAGUCAUACAUAUAUAUUAUUUUAAUUCAGCUGGUACAAACUUAGAUGUAUUUUUAAAAAUAUUUUUGUUUUAAUUUUAACUGCUGUACCAAUGAAGUGUUCAGCAUAUUGCACAAAUUUUCACCAUAUGAAUGUGUUCUGGUAAAAUAAUCUAUGGCCCCUAAGAAAGUGUCAUUGAAGUGUUAGAAUUUCAAAUAGCAGCUCAUCUGAGGGCAUUUAAAAAAAAAAUCUAGUCAGAUUGUGAGCAAAAAUAACACUUUGUCUUGUUUUGUAAGUUUGAUUUAAUUUCCCCUCAGAAAUAAGUGAUUUUAAAUACACUUCAGUUCAUUCAUCUUGUUUCCUUCAUACAUGUCCAUUUUGAUUCAAUACCAUCACAAAGCAUUAUGCUCUUUAUAGAAUAACAAAGUGUCAGAAAUACUUUCUGAAAACAUGAUGGGUAGUAUAUUUAAUGUUAGUUACCUCAUAAUGAUAUACAUGUAUUAGGAUAUCUUUACACCUUUCUUAUUGAACUGUGAUUUUUAGAGAUUUGAAAAAUCUCUUUCUAUUAUUGAUUUUUAAUUUGUUUUUCUUUAUUUUUUGAAAACUUUGAGGAUUGGUGAUCAAAAGAAUUGUUUUCAAACUACAUAUUUUGUAUUUUUACCCUGUCACAAAAAAAAUUAAAGAAUUUAAUGUCUUUAUUUAUUUAUUUUUUAUUUCAGAAUGGUUUUAAGCACAAACCUUGACUAAAAUAAAGAAUUUUAAUUAAUUUAUUGAUUUUUUAACAGCCUGUCGAUAAGUAUGGUCAAUUUGGCCUGAACAUAAAGAAAAUCAUUUGUGAUUUGGUAAAAAAGAUCAUCCAACUAAAUCUAUGACAUCUUAAAUAACUGUCAGUAUUAUUUUAUCUCUAUGUGAGAUUUUGCUUUAGUUUGAAUUUAAUUACUCAAGAUUCAGAGAAUUGGGACACAAUAUUUUAACUGAAUGUAAGACAUUUGUUUUUGUUUCAAUUUUUAAUUUGUUUAUACAAAAAUGUACUGUUGUUUAUCAAAGUGUAUCUUUCUUUUGUACUCCAUGUUUUAUUGUGUUAUUUUAAUAUUCACUUUCAAUUUAUAUAUUUUCACUAUUUUGAUAGACAUUUCCUUAUUCUAAGGAAAUUUCAGAUUUUUUUCUGCAGUUUUGUCAAGACAACAGGUGCACAAGCAAUCUUGCCCAGAUUAUCUCUCUUUGCAGAUUAAAAUAGAAAUCAACACUUUCAAAACAUCCAGUUCUACAAUAUUUUGAUUACAGGAUUUUACUCAUCAGAUUAAUUGAUUAAAUUUGAAAUAUUUACAAGACUGUGUCACUGUUCUAUUCCAACAUGGUCUCUUAAUUAGUUGAUGAAGUGUGAUGGAGGUUACUAAUCUGAAACAUACACGUCAUGAUACAUGCUAGAAAAUUAAUUUCUCCAAAAGUUUUAAUGAGAAUUUUGCCAGCUAUUAUAAUGUAUUGAUUAUCUUCGAUAAAUUUGAAAUUUUCGCAUGUGGUAUUAAUUAAUUAGUACAUAUAGAUUAUAAACAAUUGUAUACUACACAAAGUCAGUCAGAGUUAAUCUGACAAUUUCCCCUUUUAGGCUAUCAAUGAAGUUGUUUUUAACGGAGAGAAAUAUUAUUAUAAUGCAGCUAAUUAAAAAUAUGCCUUAUCAUUUACCAGUUUGAAUGGAAAACACAGGCAAAAGUAACUUCCCUUUUCCUGUUUAGUUUAAACAUUUUAUUGUCAAUAAAGAGACAAUGGAUCAGGCACAAAUUAUUAAAACAUAUGAAACGCCCUAACCCUGUUCCACUUGAUUGAUUCUAAUUGACUGAAGCAUGGCUUCGAAAAAUUUGUUAGUAAUUUAAAUAAUUUAAAUAAACUUUUCUGGAAGACCGAUCCUGAUCCUGCGGAAUAUUUCCCUGUCAUUUUUCUGUGUUGAGUCAGCUGGACUGCUCCAUGAGAGAAACCUAUAUAUACCCAUAUAUAAAUGUAUGUUAUCGUAUUUGAUCACGCUGUUUCCGUAAUAAAUGUAUUUAUGUAUAUGUAUGGGAGAGUGCACUCUGUAUCCGUAAUAAAUGUAUUUAUGUAUAUGUAUGGGAGAGUGCACAUCAGAACUGUAACUCAUCAUGUGUAAUUGUUAUUUGUUUAUGGAGGAUACAUUUGUAUAUAUGUGUAAUGUAUGCACCUAAAAGUCAUGUGAUAAUGUAAAGGUCAAAGGUCAAUUUUCCAUUGCAAUAAAACAGGGUUCUCUCCCUUGUGAAAACAUAGUUUGUUACACAUGAAAAUCUGUAGAGUUUGAAAUUUGAUAAUAUAUAGUUCUGAAACAAAUCUAUUUGUAUUCUGCACAAGUUCAGAUUUCAUAUAUAUAAAAAAAAAAAAUUCAAUUCACAAAAUUAUCUUGUUCUUAUGGAAUUUUACACCUGAAAUUACCAUAUAAAAAACCUACUUUUUUCAAUUUGUAGAAAUUUAGCUAGAUUGAUUUCCAAAGAUUUAUGGGCCCUGAUUCAUUUCGCUUGUCCAUACUGACCACAAGAAAGAUAUUUUAAUGCUGACAAUAGUUUAAGGAAAAGUGAUUAGAAACAGUUCUUCAAAUGAGAGUUUUCUAAAUUGUAAGGAAUAUCACUUUAAAUGAUAUAGCUGUGUGCUUCGGAUUGUAACAAUGAAAAAUUUGUAAGAUUUGAACUUGUUUUGAUGCAUGGAUUAGCUGACCUUCGGCGAGUGUGUGAAAUCAUAAUCACAACACUAUGCUACUGGUGAUGUACAGAAUCAUUUUAUCAUAAUUAUCUUUGCUAGAAUUAUUUUGUUGAGAUUUUUUUAACUUAUUCAUUUCAAAUAUGAUGGCACUUUAACUUUAGAGCAGGUUUUUAAUUUUCCUGGAAGAUACCCUGUCUUCAUUUAUUCAUUUUAGCAAACAGUAUCUCAACUUCAAUGCUGAUAAAAACUUGUGAGUGACAUUGUUAAUCUGACAAUUUAAUACUAUUAGGGUUAAGUUUAGGAAAAUUUGUUUGAAUGUGAUCAUUAUUGUCAAUUUUCUUUAAAAAUAAACAAUAAUUCUUAACAUCUCGGGAUAGCAGUCCCAGUAAAUUAAUUCUUCUGGGAGAAGGAAUGUGGAUAAAAGAUACGAAAAGCGUCCAAUGAAAAUAUUAAGUCAGCUACCAGAUAACUUGUAAAUUAUGGUAAAUUUUACCACAAGGCCGAUUAAAUCUACUCUUAUGUUGAAAGUGAUAAGACCCAUUUACUCCAUUGGUUUGUCAUCAUGUCUGAUUGCCUCUUUGAAUUUUAUUCAACCACUACUUUUCUUGAGUUGAAAUAAAAAUAUACUAUUAUAACA